AGACACUGGUGCCGGUCACGAUGCAUUGUGAAAAAGUGUUCUCAUCUGUACCAGCUACGGUUAUUCUGCUGUUGCUACUGCACUGGUCACCUCGAGUGCAGUCACAGAGUACCGGAAACCUAUUUCCGAGUAGUGAAUACGUAUGGGGAACCUACUCACCAACAGCAACGACCUGCUAUAGUAACACCGUCUUCAGACGAUCUUUCAGCCUCGUUCCAGUUUCGCAAUUGUUCUCCUUUACACCGUCGACUGCCCAAGGAACAGUGCGGUAUAUUCGAGUCUGGACGGACAAUCUGUGGCCUUUCGUCGCUACUGUUACUUCCGGAGGUGUUGGAACACUGACUCCCACCGUCACUGCCGUACAAGUCAGAUCCGUACAUGGAGGAAUACUGUACGCCAACAUUCAGAUUCUAUGCUCUUAAUCAGUUGUUUAUAAGAAGAUAAUAUAUUUAUUUUUAACCAUAUCCGCCUGUAGUAACUAUAUUCGUUCGAUGGGGAGAUGUAAGGGCUUGAAAUUGACAGGUUGUUUAGUUGGUUAGUUCGAACUUCUUUUUUUUGUGUUUUUGUUUCGAAAACUUGACGCAUAUUAAAUUCU